GCGAAGCACUUCUUUCCCAGACAUGUCAACCCAAGGAUUCCUUCUCAGCCUUCUGGCUGUCCUGCUCAUCAUCGUGGCCACCGCAUCCGCAUCACCGGCACGAGGAUACUACCAAUCUCCUCCAAGAGGUGGUCGCAGCUACACGGACAUCGCCCGAGUAGUCAAUCCCAAUCAGUACGCCUUCCCAGGAUCCCGCAAUUAUCCUGGCCAACCCUUCUGGCCAUCGGGAUAAAAAUAGAAUAGCAAAAUUUAGUACUUAAACAUGUAGAAGACUCAGGUUUAGCUUAUUUCUACUUGAAGUAGAAUUUUAUUUAAGAUAAUUUGAACAGUGAAACAAAAAGGGAUUCCAAUGGAAUCUUGUAAAUACUUAAAUAAUUUUAUUAAUACAUUAAAUUACAAUAAAUAAUAUUCACAAGCAA